CAAAAUUUUUCCAACUUUUUCCAACUUUUUCGUGGCUCUUGAAUUUAAUUGUACUUGACGCGGUCAGACUCAAAUACGAUCUUGAAACAUCAACAUGAAGAGCCAGCAGACUGAAACUAAGGCCCAGGCAGCCAUGAUGCUUGGCUACUCGGACGGACCCAUGGAGGCAGCCGAUGACAGCAAUCCGUUUGCGUGCAAGCUGGGUGGACGGCCACUGUGGUUAGACUCAACAUCUGCAAUCCCGGACUGGUCAGCAGCCAUGUGUGGACACUGCGGCAGCAGCAUGAUCAUGCUAGUGCAGGCAUACGUGCCGCUGAACGACUCCGCGUACGACCGAGUGAUCUACGUGUGGGCCUGCAACCAGCGCGCGUGCACAGGCAAGACCGGGGCGGCCAAGGCGGUGCGCGGUCAUUUGCUCAACAAAGAGUAUGCGCUAAAGCUGGUUAAGCGCCAGCGCGACACAUCGGCCAAGAAGAAGGAAAAGUUGGUGCUGGCAGCAGCAGCGACAAAACCUGCGCCUGCCGCGAAGCUCGACUUUGGCAGUGUCUGGCGCACGGGUGGAUUUGGGUCAGCAGGAUCUGAAACAAGUGCAUUUGGCAGCUCGUCAGAGUCGUCGCUGUUCUCAGGACCGCUUUUUGGAGGUCAAGCAUCACAGUCUGACUUGUUGAGCUUCUCUUUCAUGGGCAAAGCCGAGAAACAGCCGGCGUCAAACAAGCAAACAGAGACAGCAGAGACAACGGAAGAGCCGGACGAACUGGGCGAAGUAUUGGAUACACAGCUCGAGCAGCUGGCCAUUUCGUCCGAGCCAGAUGAACAGGUGAAGCGGGUCGAAUGGCCAGAGACGGCUGCUCACGUGCCGGCACAGUAUCUAGAGUUUGACAACGAGAAGCUGAGUGACAGGAAGAUCGAAGAGCGAUACAGGGCCGAGAUUGAGCAGGCCAUGGAGCUGGCCGCAGAAUCAGCCUGCUCGCGGGGUAAGAAGGCAGCAGCAUCAGCAGCUGCUGCUGGCGGCGGCGGCGGCGACGAGUGGUCAGACGAAAAAUACGAGCGCUCAGCGCAGCCAAAGGGCACCGACGCAGGCUUUGAACGGUUUGUAUGCGUAACAUCUCAGAAUCCCGAACAAGUGAUGCGCUACCAAUUUUGCGGUGAGCCGCUGCUGUACACCAAGCAAGACGCAGUCGCUCAGCAGCUGGGUAUCCAGGCUGAUGAUGCCAACGAUAGCGAUGAGAGCGAUGGUGAUGUGGAUGACGGGGAUGCCGUAGACUUGGUGCCGAGGCUGCGCCGGCGUGGGUACUCGGCAGAGAAUCUGCCUCGCUGCGAGCACUGUGGAGGGCGGCGGGUGUUUGAGUGCCAGCUGAUGCCAGCGCUUCUUUUAGUAUUGCCGCUGGCUGCGCACGCUAAGCCUUGGACUGGUGGCAAUGGCGGCGCGCGGCUAGUCGGUGGGCAGCUGCUGCAUACCGUUGACCUGGGCUUGGAGUUUGGCACGCUUCUGGUGUUUGUUUGUGAGAACGACUGCCACGGCGGUCGCACCGGUACCGGAUACCUUGGCAAGAGUGCCGCGUCUAUGGACCGAUACGUCCCAGCCGCAUACUACGAGGAACUUGUCCUUGUGCAGCUGGAAAACCACCAGUAUUGAGCCACGGCUGGCCGUGAGUACCCCCGUGCCCUGACCCAUCAGCAGCGCACGCACUCCCAGCGCUCACACAGUUAAGACAAUUAAAAUACAAGCUCGAUUUGACAAGUGCCACACGACUUUUUGUCUUUUCAACUCCUU